GCAGGCCCUUUUAGAAAGCUAGGAAACUAGAAAGUCGUUUAAAUAUUAGUUGUAUUCAAAUUUUAUUGCGAAACGUCAAGCUAAAGAUUCCACACCCAAAUUACACAUUUUGAAAGACUUAACUAGUUUAUUUCGAAUUCGUUGGACAAACUGAUUGCCUGCAAUGCACAGUCUGCCCCAAAUUUUUGCCCGUCAAUUAAAUGCCGGCGUGGUCCUGACCCAAGAGUUAAGCAUGAAAAUAUUCAAGUACGAGACGCUCAAUCGUGAACAAUCCGAGCUGGAUGAUGAGAUUAUUAAAAUUCGCAAGAAACAGGAUAAUAUUGAAGAUAAUCUUGCCGAAGCCUUGGCCGAAGGGGAGUUUCAACGCUGCCAGAAUGGCGAACUAUUGGGCACACCCAGCGAGGAGGAGCUAUUGGACAUAUUCAAACAGCAUCUAAGCCGUGUCAUUGACAAGCUGGCUUCCAAAUACGAGCGCAAAAUCUAUCUAGAGAUGGACCUGCGAAAGAUGAAGACAGCCAUCGAAAAGGAUAUUGUAGCAGCUAAUGAGGAGACAGCUGCUGCAAAUAAAGAUUCCCUCUAAAUGCAAGCUCAAAAUCAUGUUCGGGAGGAAUCUUUAUACUACAACUUCCAAUCUCUAUUGUUGGAAAACAAGCAUACAAAUACUUAAUGACUUUGGUUCAAGUCGACGAUACCCGCAAUCUGAUUGCAUCUAUACUUGGAAUUUUUAAAUUAUAUUGUUUGAGUUAAAGCUACACUUCUUAUACAUACAUAUUGUCUCGGAGGUUGCUGCUUCCCUAAGUCUGUGUUGGUUUUCAGAUUCAUAUGUGAAUAACAAAAAUAUAAAAAAAUUAAUUAUA